ACACUACACGAUCACAUAUCACAUAUCACAGACAGGCGCUGUAUACCUCAAGCCCCUAUCUCUUCUGGCAUUGGGUAUAGAUGGCGCAGGAAAAGCCCCAGCAGAGGGUGGCCACCUGGCUUGCGUCUGUCUCCAGCACUGGGGAGGACGACGACUCGCAAGAGGAGCUUAAGACGUUUGAGGACUUUCUACGGUUUGCCAGAGGGCGCAUCACAAGUGGGCAGACGAAGGCGAGGACAGGGUUCAUCCAGGACAAGCUGCUGUAUGCUGUCGAGAAAGGCGGCUUAGAGCCACCCCAACUAUUGGCGAUAUUCCUCCUCCUCACCCUUACAUACCCACGAUACUCCGACCGUCCGUCGCGUUCCGCUGUGCUCCAAGUCCUCUGCGCCCUGCUCUCCUCCCCAUCAGCAGCGCAAGUGACGCCUAAGAUCCUCGCAUGGCUUUCGAAGGAGGUCGACACUGUCUGCCGCCCCACUCCGAGCACAGCGAUCUCCAACCGCUUCGUCCUUCUCAGCUGGUCGUUAACGGCAUACGAAGUCCUCGCGCCGUCAGGGGACUUCCAGGCGAGCGCGGAAUGGAAGACACUUGUAGGCACUCUGGCAAGGGCGUUCGACUCUGUGCUGCGAUGCGAAGGCCGGCAUGGGGUGCAAUACAGUGCGUUGACAAGCACGCGCCGCUCCGUGAGAAAGGCGCACACCGCUAUUCCCGUUCUGGUGGAGACGCUUGCCCAACUCGCUUCGGGCUCUGCUCCUGCUGUGCAGGCAGAAGUGGUCACUCCCCUCGUAGGGGUAGCAGUGGACGUCUCCCUCCGACUCAAGGGCAAGCUACACCCCGUAGGCGAACAGUACCUCGCUUCGCUCAAACCCAUCGUCCUCAAGCUCAUCUGCGAAGGGCUCAUCCUCUCUCGCACCCCUCUACCCCUUCACACCAUCCCAGCAGUAAAAGACUUUCUCGGCCUGUUAGUGACACCACAAGACUGGGACGACACCCUCAUGCCAGCAACGACCAAGGCCUUCCUCCGCACUCCAGAAGUAUCGCUCAAAAUCCUCUCAGACAUCGUCGCUGCCUACCCCUCCCCACUGCCCGCCCUAGCAAGCAUGCUCAGCGCGACGCUCAAUCAUGCCAAAGCAACCAAUCCCGCUACCCGCACGGGUGCGCUUGCACUCUUCUCUGCUCUGUUGGCGAACGAGCCCCAGCUCCAGGCGCAAGCGGGGAAAGACGUGCUAGCCGCUCUGAGCGGGGGGAAGACCGCUUCGCCCGAACACAGGCAAACGUUGUACCAGAUGGUGCUCGCUCUCCCUCCCUCUGUGUCUAGGUCUCCGAGCGCAGUGCAGACCCUCAUCCCCCUCUUCUCGAAAGAAGUAAACGAGCCUGCCCUCUCCGCGCUCUCCCAGGCCCUUGCCGCCCAUCUCCGGUUCUGCAUCUCUCAGGAUAUCCCUCUCCUCCCAGACCAAGCCAAGGCCCUUUCCAAAGAGCUGAGCGCACAGAAAGUCGCUCUCCGGCGAGCGGCAGUGCGUGUCUUAGGCGCAGCGCUCUACCUCCCGGACACGGAAGAAGGCCAGGCUGAGCCUACGAAAGCUGCCGAGGCUCUCGCUGCCGAGGUUGCUAGCGGGCUAGAAGGCGCACUCAAAGCCGUCAGUACCAACCCGCUGAACAGCGCUGCCGGCCCGCUGGAGGGGUACGUCGCCAUUGCCCUCAUCUCUGGCCCUCUGAGCAGGCACGGGUCUAAACCACUCUCCGCCCUCCAGAAGAACGCAGUGAUGAAAUCCGUCCUCUCUGUAGGGGCGAAACCGAGCUUCUUCCUCUGGGAUCGCGUGUACAAGCGCGCCACCACCGCGGAAGACGAGCUCUGGCUUUUGCGAGCCGCGGCGGCGCUGCUGCAUGCGCACUCUGCCGAGCUGAGAAAGAACGAGCCUGUGCGCGUCGCCCUUGGGGCGAUAUUCGUUUACCUUGGCCUGGACAGCACGCAUUUCGAGAUGCGGAGGGAAACGGUAGCCAUGGUCAAGGCGUGCACCGCGAGGCAUCCUAUUGUCACUAACGCGAUGCUGCGGGACGCGGUAAGGCCGUAUCUUGUCCUGCAUUCGGCAAAACCAACAGUCGUGAAAGCUGAUGACGAGGCGGCGAAAGUCACGUCCCCCGUGGAAAGGCUCUCGGAGCUGUUAGACGCAGCGUCGACUUUUGCCCAGCAUACUGUCGAGGAGACGCGUAUUGAUAUCCUUACGGAAUGGAUUGUGCUUUCGCACUACCUGGAUCCGGUGUCUGCGGCCCAAAUCAGUUGGAUCGAGAUGGUGCAGAAGGCUAGACUGGAUCCGAACGUAGUCGUUAUCGACCGACUGCAACGUGUCCAGGAGCUCAUCGAUGAGGCGUUGAUUGGUCCGGAGGUGCGUGACCUGCCUUGGCGUCGAUACGCACCCAGUACUCAGCCUGAGAAACAGAAAGCGUUCAGAGACGCUGCUGCACGCGCGGCUACCACUGCUGCGUUUGUCGCUGGCGAGACGGCAACGCUGAGCAUCCUGGACAGGAUACAGGCCGAUCUCACGCCAGAACUGUUCAAGCGCCUCACCACUAAUGAUCUCGCUAUCUGGGCGACCCCAGAAGGGGCACUCUUCGUUGACGUCCUCGCGGCUAAGAAACCUGUUGUCGCUGACAAGAACCGAAAGGAUUACGCGAUCGAGAAGUGGGAACAGGAAUUGCGCCAGUCGGUUGCUGCCAAGAAAGCAGGGAAGACUGUCACGCUUUCGAAGCAGGACCAAGCGCUGGUUGAUGCUCAGCUGGCGAAAGAAUCUGAGAUUAGGAACAGUAUCAACCGCCUACAACGACAAGCUGAACGCGGCUUGGCAUUGGUGCGAAGUUUGGUUCAGGGAGACAACGAGACGUUCCACCAGCAGCUGUAUUCUGUCGUCAACCUGCUUCUAGCUGGCGUACUUUCUCAUGGCUCCGCAUUAGCAGGAUCAGCUGCCUUCGACACUUAUCUAGAGUUAAGCAAAUGCGUUUCUCCUCGGAUUAGUGAGACUCGUCGCUGGAUCGGUAUUUCCACGCUCCGUGCGUACAACCUUGCGGUAGUUCCUCCCCAUCUCGAAGCCGAAUCUGUAACCUAUGUCGUCACUCGCGUCCUGUAUCGACUUCGCAGUCUUGCUGAGCAGAGUCCAUUUGAUCCGACUUCUUUCAUGUACAUCACCCCUCUCCUAACACAGCUCGUCUCCAUCGGUGGUAUUCCUCUGAAUGCCGAGGACGCCGAAUCCCAAUUAGAACAGCUUGCGCUGUGCUUAGAUCUCAUGCGUUUCCACUGCAGCGCUUUCUCCGAGCCGCUGUAUCCACGUUUGGACAUCAUAUCAUCACUGCUGAAAUUGAUUGCGGGAUACUCAAAACUCCUUCAAACAGCAUCGACAGCUUUGGUAGGAAUAGCGGAGAGUAUGAAAGACAAUGCAUCCCCUGGAGAGAUCAGAUCCCUGGUCCAAGGAACGUUGUAUCAAGAACAGUACGUGCGAAAUGCAUGUUUGCAGGCUUUACAACCCGUGGAUUUGACUGAAAUGGACUUCUCCCCCGAGUUAUGGAUAGCAUGCCACGAUGAUGACGAACAAAAUGCCCGGCUCGCUUUUCGUGUUUGGGAGGACAAUGGCUUGGACGUUUCUGACGACUUUGCUCCACAACUCGUGCCCUUCCUAGAGCAUUCGAACGUCUAUGUUCGAACCAGUUGUGCGAGCGCCAUAGCGGAAGCAGCAAGCACUUUCCCCGACCGAGUCCCAGAGUUGCUCAGAGACCUGCAAGCCCUUUACCUUGAGAAGGCGAAGAUUCUCACUCCAGAAUACGAUGCUUACGGCAUGGUUAUUCCGGAUUCGCUUGAUCGCCCAGACCCGUGGCCUGUUCGAGUGGCAAUUGCGCUUUCUUUCGAGCAACUCGCAGAAUCCUUCACAGCAGAACAGCUUGUGCCGUUCUUCGACUUUUUGCUGAAUCAAGAAGCACUGGGUGACAGACGCUCAGAUGUUCGGUCAGCCAUGUUGAGCGCAGCGACCACAGUCAUUGAUCUGCACGGCAAUGCCAAGCUCUCUGAACUGGUCUCGAUGUUCGAGUUAUAUCUCGGGAAGAAAGGGAAAGGUUCUGAGACUCAGGACUGGAUCAAAGAAGCUGUUGUCAUUCUCAUUGGUCGUGUGGCUCGCCAUCUUGCUCUUUCGGAUGAUCGUAUCCCAAAAAUAGUUGACAGGUUGAUUGCUGCCCUCAAGACGCCCUCGGAAGUCGUGCAGUCAGCCGUGGCGGAAUGCUUGCCACCUCUCGUCAAGGGUACGACCGUCGACGUGACGAAGUUGGUCGACCGCCUAAUGGAAGAGCUUGUCAAUGCUCCGAAGUAUGCUGAGCGUCGUGGAGCCGCUUAUGGACUGGCAGGUGUGAUGAAGGGAAGAGGGCUCGCCGGCAUCAAAGAGUUCAACGUCAUGGAACGUCUUCGUGACUUCAUGGAGGAUAAAAAACGCUUCGAAAGUCGACAGGGUGCUUUGUUCGCGUUCGAGACCCUGUCUGCAACUCUUGGGCGCACCUUUGAGCCCUAUAUCAUUCAAGAUUUAACUCUACUCCUUUCCGCCUUUGGUGAUUCGCAACCGGAUGUGCGAGAAGCCACACAAGAUGCGACCCGUGUUAUCAUGUCACGGAUCUCCGGUUAUGGUGUGAAAGUUAUCUUGCCGGAUCUUUUAAGCGGGUUAGAGGAGAAGCAAUGGCGGACGAAACGAGGUUCCAUCGAGAUGUUAGGUUCUAUGGCUUACUGCGCACCAAAGGAGCUUUCAUUGUCCCUCCCUACCGUCAUACCGCGUUUGACUGGAGUUUUGACCGACUCUCAUACCCAAGUUCGUGCGGCUGCAAAUCAGAGUCUGAAGCGAUUCGGUGAAGUGAUUAACAAUCCCGAGAUUCGCAAUCUCGUGCCUGUUCUGCUAAAGGCGCUUGUGGAUCCCGCCACUAAAACUCCUUCUGCUUUGCGCGCACUACUGGACACCUCCUUCGCACAUUAUAUAGAUUCUCCAUCCCUCGCUUUGGUUGUUCCUAUAGUUGAGCGUGGGCUUCGAGAACGAGGGGCCGAUACAAAGCGGAGAUCAGCGCAGAUUGUUGGGAAUCUUGCAUCACUGACUGAUUCAAAGGACUUCGUGCCGUAUCUUGACAAGCUGAUCCCGCUUGUUCGCAUUGUUCUCGUUGAUCCUGUACCAGAAGCUCGAGCUACAGCCGCCAAAGCGCUAGGCACCCUGGUUGAACGUUUGGGUGAGGACAAGUUCCCAGAUCUCAUGCCAGGCCUGCUGCAAACCCUGAAGACGGACACCUCCGGUGUAGACAGGCAGGGCGCCGCUCAAGGCCUCAGUGAAGUGCUUUCUGGAUUGGGCAUGGAGCGCAUGGAAGCGCUUCUUCCUGAUAUAUUGGUCAAUGCCCGCAGCACUCGUCCUUAUAUUCGAGAAGGCUUCAUGUCUUUGCUCGUGUACUUGCCUGCUACCUUCGGAACACGCUUUGCACCGCACAUCCCGAGAAUUAUUCCCCCCGUCCUUGAUGGUUUGGCUGACGACGGGGAGACUGUCCGAGAAGUGUCCAUGAGAGCUGGCCGUAUUAUCAUUGGCAACUACUCCAAGACUGCUAUUGACCUCCUGCUUCCUGAGCUCGAGAACGGUAUGUUCGAUCCUGGCUGGCGCAUCAGGCAAUCAUCCAUCACUCUUGUUGGCGAGUUGUUGUUCAAAAUUUCGGGUAUCAGUGGGAAAAAUGAGAUUGAGGAGGAUGCCGAGGACGGUGAAGAAGACGUCGGUGGGGAGUCUUCCAGAAAAGUUCUCGUCACAGUAUUGGGCAAAGAACGCAGAGAUCGCGUGCUGGCUGCGUUGUACAUUGUGCGUCAAGACGCUGUUGCUGUUGUUCGCCAGGCAUCAGUCCAUAUCUGGAAAGCUCUCGUUCAAAACACACCAAGAACUGUCAGAGAUAUCCUUCCUGCCCUUAUUAAUCUGGAAAUCACACUCUUAGCAAGCGAAGGAGGAGAGCAGCGCGAGACCGCUGCUCGGACAAUGGGUGAAUUGUGCCGAAAGCUGGGGGAGAAGAUUCUCGGCGCAAUCAUUCCUAUUCUGAAGGCUGGCUCUGGGUCCGAGAACCGAAGAACUCGCGAGGGUGUCUGUCUGGCCUUAUGUGAAAUCAUGAAUAACACCACCGACACUCAACGUGAGAGUCACGAAGAGGGAAUUAUUGCAGCAGUGCGUGACUCGUUGGUUGACGAGUCACCUACUGUUCGUGCUGCUGCAGCACAAGCGUUUGAUGUUAUGCAGGAACGCAUCGGUCCUAAAGCUAUCGAUCAGACAAUACCGACUCUCCUUCAUGCUCUUCGUCAACCAGGUGAAAGCGCUCAAACGGCAUUGCAGGCUCUUAAGGAAGUGAUGGCUGUCCGUGCGGCAACCGUGCUCCCCGCGUUAUUGCCCACCUUGUUGGCAACACCCAUCACUUCCUUCAAUGCUCGUGCGCUGAAGUCAUUGGUCUCAGUAGCAGGUCGCGCUUUGAGCAGACGUCUUAAUCAGAUCCUGGGCACCCUAGUGAAGGCGUUAGAGACGGAAAACGAUGAAGAGAUCGUGAUCGACAUUCAACAGGCUGUUGAAGCAUUACUCGGCGCCAUUGUUGAUCCUGAAGGUUUGAACACUUGCAUGAUGAUCUUGCUUGGAUGGGCAAAGAACGAAUCGAGCGCGCGGCGUGCUAGUGCUGCGAAACUCUUCGCUAGAUUCUGUCAGGUGGCGCAGUUGGAGAUCUCGGACUAUCGGGUUGACUGGAUCCGCCAAUUGGUGACAAUGCUUGAUGAUCGGGAACAAUCAGUGGUAGAUUCAGCCGCGAUUUCCCUUGACACACUAGUGAAAACGACAGACAAGGACGAACUGGAGAGCAUGGUUGUGCCAAUGCGUCGAACUCUCGAGUCGUUAGGGGCACCUGGUCGCCAUGUGCCUGGUUUCACCAACACGAAGGGCAUCGCUCCUCUUGUCCCAAUUAUCCUGACUGGCCUCACAGGCGGCACAAACGAGCAGAAGGAACAAGCCGCCUACGCUAUUGGCGAUAUUGUCGAGCGUGCCUCCGAGCCUGCCAUCAAGCCUUAUGUUGUUCAGCUCACAGGUCCUCUUAUCCGUGUCAUCACGCAAGCAACAACAUUCCCUCCUCAAGUCAAAUCCGCAAUCCUUUCCUCCCUCACCAUCAUGCUCACAACCAUCCCAACAUUCGUCAAGCCCUUCUUCCCACAGCUGCAAAGGACAUUCAUCAAAUCCGCCUCCGACCCGGCCAGCUUGUCCGUGCGGAAUCGGGCAGCAGUCGCACUUGGUGUUCUGAUGGCGCUCCAAACGAGGGUGGAUCCCGUUGUCACAGAGCUCAUGACUGGUGCCCGAAGUGGGGAGCCAGAAAUUCGCUCAAGCAUGGCUGUCGCAUUAGCGGCCGUGGUCAAGGGUGCUGGGAAGUCAGUUGGCGAAGUGGCCCGCUCGUCGCUGCUCGAGCUGGUGUCCGAUACAUUUGCAGAGCCCGUGACAGAAUCAUAUAACAGCGCGAUCGCUGAUCUAUUUGCGGCAUUGGCGCUGCAUGAUGAGAGUCUUACCCGAUCCCUUGCUGAGGCACAACUCACCCCCCAGACCCCUCCGAGCGCGAUGGCCAGCUUGUCCAUCGUCUCUUUCCUAGAAACCGUACCAGACGCCUUCUACACCUACAACAUUGUACCAGGUGUGGUUCGAAAAGUGAUCGUCAGCAUCAACAUGGACACGCCGGCAAUCUCGAGACCUGCAAGGGAGGCGAGGGAGUUGCUGAAGAAUACAGCACCUUAUGUGGACGAUGAAACCGUGCACACGGCCUUCUGAGAAGUGUAAGUACGCAGGUGGAUAGUGGGAGUUGUUGUGGGAUUGUCCGACCGAUCCCUUAAUGAAGGCAUGAGUUUUAUACGCACAAUCACAGCCAUCUGUGCGUACAUGUGCACGGUUAUGUAUGGUCAACAAAAGGAACCGAACGUCUGAAAGGAACUCAGCGGCCCGAGAUUGUCUGAAAGACCGACUAUCCGCAGAGUGAGUCAACCUGAGAACAUUAAUGUCGGGCAAUACAUAAGCCGAUGACCGGUUAUCGGGUUGGAAUUC